AUGCCUCGGUGUGUUUUUCAGGAUGAUAGAGUUAGACUUCUGAAGGUUAGUGAUCUAAUGAUAGAAGGGCAGAGGGGCUGGGAUGUAGAGUGUGUGGUGCAAACAUUUAACCCAUUUGAUGCAGGACAUAUUCUGAAAAAUCCCAAUCAAGCAGAAAGGAACCAAAGAUCAUCUCAUCUUGCAUGGAAAAGUUGGUGGGGAGAUGUCUGUGGUGGAGAAAAAAGAGUGUACUGGGAAGAAAGACUGAGUCUGAACAACUGGGUUUUUAAUAAAGUGAGGGUGGCAGAGAGAAUAAUUGUAGGUAAAGCUGUGACAUGA